UAAUAGUUAAUUAGUGGUGAUGCAUGCAUGGGUGCGGUUUCAGCCAUGGAGAUAAGAUCAGGAGAAGUAGAAAAUGAGUAACGAUUGAAAUAGUCAAAGAAGAUCGGCAAUAUGCAGUAGGAGAGAUAUAUGAGGCUAGAUUGAUUAGGUCGAGGAGGAAAGAACGCUCUAACACCAUAUUAAUUACUUUAGAUCAAAAGGAAAAGGAAAGGGCGUCAUACAAUACAAUGGAAGAAGUUUCGAUGAUGGCCAAGGCUUAUUACGAAGCAAGUUCAGACCAUGUUAAAAAAUUGGCUCAUGGCUUCUUUGAUUCGAUGGACAAUGAUGGUGAUGGAAAGAUAGACCGAAGAGAGUUCUUGGAGUUCAUAAGAGACGAAGGUUGUGGCCAAAUGACAAAUUCGUCCUUCUUCGACCAAAUGGAUCGUGACAAGAAUGGUACUCUUGAUUUUUUUGAAGUGAUGACAGUCUAUUAUAUAGUUAAGAGCGGAAGACCAUUUUGUGACAAAUGUAAUAAGUUCAUCACAUCUACAUAUUUAACAUGUGUCGGGUGUUUGGAAGAUCCAAAUGGAGGCUACUCUUUCUGUAUUUGCCUCGAUUGCUAUAGAACGCAGAUACCUAAGCACAUGCACGAUGGUUUGUGUCGAUUUGUAGACAAUUAUUCAUUGCUUGAAGCUAUGACCAAGUCAAAAUUAAAUGAGCAAAGAUCCAUGGAGGCAAAGUCUAGACCAAAUGAAAUAAUUUCAAAUCCGGGUAGACCACCUAUGGCUAUGAGUAACAACCAGCUGACAUUGAAUCCAUGGUCACCCAUGGUUCCAGUUCCAUAUAAUAGCCAUAGGCCACCUCAACUUCACCACUCUCAUUCCUGGAGUCCAGGUUCCCCGAGUGCUAACCAUACAGUGAAUAUCCAAAACAAUUACUCAUACCACUAUCCACAACCUCCUCCAGUUCAGCAUCAGCAAGUUGCUGCACCUAAUAAUGCAAUUGUCCCAUAUCGACAAAAUUGGAGGAUCGCAUUUGGAGCAUUGAACGCCGCACUCCAAAUUGGUGCCCUUGAUUAUGAUACCAAAUUCCAAGAUAUCGAGAACCAGAAGAACCAUUACCAGGAGUCAAGAUGCGAGCAGGAAAAGAAACACGAAUUGAAAACAGAAAACUCCUUUGGUGCGAAAUCGAGUUGGAGAUGGAGGGAAUCAGAAGGAAGCCUUGCUCGAGACAUAAUUUGCGAAGGAGAGAAAGUGACUGCCGAUCCAAGGGAGCAAACAAGCUGCGAUGGCAGCUCUGGCGAGUUUCUCGGUUGUAAUUGCUCGACAAGAGCAGGAGAGAUUCAAAGGGAAAAAGAACUUGGUCCGACGCAAUCAGUAGUAGCGAGUGAGCGGAUGGGGGCUGCCCCGACAGCUCUCGACUUCUUCUCUUUUGGUUCUGGCUUUAUGUACAAAGGGGAGGAGGAUGGUUGGCCUGAUGGAACAAGGCAAGCAAAAGUAACAGCAUAG